AUGAAUGGUGCAGUGGAAGCUGCGAAUAAGAACAUCAAGAGAAUAUUGGGGAAAAUGACUGACACAUAUAAGGAUUGGCAUGAAAAGUUACCUUUUGCUUUGCUUGCCUAUAGAACAUCAAUCCGAACCUCCACAGGGGCCACCUCGUUUUCACUAGUGUAUGGGAUGGAAGCUGUACUGCCAAUUGAAGUGGAAAUUCCUUCUCUGAGGGUGUUGAUGGAGAUAAAAUUGGAUGAGGUAGAAUGGGUUCAAGAUCAUUUCGAGCAACUGAAUCUUAUUGAAGAGAAAAGGCUCUCAGCACUCAGUUAUGGACAAAUGUAUCAAAAAGAAUCAUGCGAGAACAUGACAAAAGGAUACGAUCCCGAUGCUUUCAUGAGGACGAAUUGGUUUUCAUCCAGCAUCUGGGGUGACCAUUUUCUCUCAUAUGCCUCAAACAUUAUGGAGGAAGAUCAUGAUAAGAAGGAAGAGCAUCAGAAGCUGAAGAAUGAAUUACAGAAGAUGCUAAUGACUGAUCAGGUUGAUAAACCUUUGGAAAUGCUUAAGUUGAUUGAUGCAAUCCAAGGCCUUGGAUUUGAGCAAAAGAGAGGACAUGUGGCUUCAGCCAUUGAAUGUUACAUGAAACAGCAUGAUGCAACAGAACUGGAAGCUGUCAAGGAAUUUCGUGAACAAAUUACUAAAGCUUGGAAAGAUAUAAAUGAAGAAUGUCUCCAUCCAACCAUUGUCUCCAUCUCACUCCUCACUCGGAUUCUAAAUCUUUCUCGUGUAAUCGAUGUUGUUUACAAGACUAAAGAUGGUUAUACUCAUACUGGAGUGAUCCUUAAAGACUUUGUACCCUCUUUGCUUAUUAAUCAUGCUCCUCCUUUAUGA